AUGCAGGUUCAGGCUCUCACCUGUCGCCACCGGGCUCCCUCCGAAGUUCCCCUGAUCCCCGAUGUCCUCUUCCGGAGGCGGCGCCAGGUGCAGGCUUGCACAGGCUUCCACUUGCAGGUGGGGCAGUUGGCGCAGCGCCCAGGCCGGGACAGCAUCUGGGGGCCGGGGGACUGGAGAGGCUCCCAUAAUGGACCUCUUUACCGGAUCUCUGUCCCCUCCUGCGCCUUCUCCACCCUCCGAGGACCCCCAGCCCUCCUCGACCCUCGUUCGGUUAUCGCCGUUCAGCCCCUGCUGUGCCUCCUAGGAUCCCGGAUCUCUCCUGCCCAUCUCUACUACCCUGUGUCGGCUCCCUCGAUCCUCGCCGGGUCCCUGUCCUCCUCCAGACCUUCAGGGCGGCCGGAGUCAGGGCUCCUUCGAGUGUCCCCGAUCCAGGCUGAACACGCCAUGAGGCUGUGGGCGCUAGACCUCCGGUUUCUGGCGCUUCUGCUGGUUCUUCUGCUGCAGCCUGUGCACGCUCCGAUUCCCAGGGCGCAGGACGUGAGCCUGGGCGUGGACUGGCUGACUCGCUAUGGCUACCUGCCGCCGGCAGAUCCUACCCAAGCCCAGCUGCAGAGCCUUGCGAAGCUGCAGGAUGCCAUCAAAGUCAUGCAGAGAUUUGCCGGGCUGCCUGAGACAGGCCAAAUGGACCCAGUAACAAUAGCCACCAUGCACAAGCCCCGCUGCUCCCUGCCUGAUAUUGUGGGGCCUGCUGGGCUGGUCAGGCGGCGGCGGCGGCGGCGCUAUGCUCUGAGUGGCAGCGUGUGGAAGAAGCACACCCUGACGUGGAGGAUCCAGUCCUUCUCCCAGAACUCCCAGUUGAGCCGGAUGACUGUACGGACCCUCAUGAGCUACGCCCUGGCUGUCUGGGCUGUUGAGUCGGGCCUUACCUUCCAGGAGGUGGAUUCUCAGCACCAGGAGCCUGACAUCCUUAUCCACUUUUCCCGGGGCUACCACCAAGACAGUUACCCCUUUGAUGGACCUGGUGGCACCCUGGCUCAUGCCUUCUUCCCUGGGGAGCACCCCAUCUCUGGAGAUACUCACUUUGACGAUGAGGAGACCUGGACUUAUGGGUUAAAAGUGUGUGGACGUCCCAGGGCUUCAGGCCGCAUCGUGUCGGGGCAGGAUGCCCAGCCGGGCCAGUGGCCUUGGCAGGUCAGCGUGAGGGAGUAUGGGGAGCACGUGUGUGGGGGCUCCCUGAUCGCUGAGAACUGGGUGUUGACUGCGGCCCACUGCUUCAGCCAUUCUGAGAGCCGAGUCCGGGGCCUUAUGCCUGCUAAACAGGCGCUUUUCCUGUCCUCAUUUCACCUUAUGGAUAGGCCUCCUUAUGACCUAUACAGCAGGUCAGGGAACCCAUAUCUGUCUGACUCUCCCCACAGGAAAGUGACCCAUACCCUGUAUGACAAGCCCACAAGGAAACCCCUGGCUUCACCUCCAAAACCUCCCGCCUUGCGCCCUGACAGACCCUCCACACCUAUGCCUGAUCGCUGUGAGGGCAAUUUUGAUGCUAUAGCCAAUAUCCGAGGGGAGAUCUUCUUUUUCAAAGGCCCCUGGUUCUGGCGCCUCCAACCCUCAGGACAGCUGGUGUCGCCCCGUCCAGCUCGGCUGCACCGCUUUUGGGAGGGGCUGCCCGCCCACGUGAGGGUCAUCCAGGCUGCUUAUGCCCGUCCCCGGGAUGGCCGAAUCAUCCUUUUCAGCGGCCCCCAGUUCUGGGUGUUCCAGGACCGGCAGCUGGAGGGCGCAGCGCGGCCACUGGUCGAGUUUGGGCUUCCCCCUGGAGAAGAAGUGGAUGCUGUGUUCUCCUGGCCUCUCAAUGGCAAGACGUACCUGAUCCGAGGCCAGCAGUACUGGCGCUAUGACGAGGAGGCCGCGCGCCUGGACCCUGGCUACCCACGCGCCCUGAGUCUCUGGGAGGGGGCGCCCCCGUCCCCAGACGAUGUCACCAUCAGCAACACAGGUGACACCUACUUUUUCAAGGGCACCUAUUUCUGGCGCUUUGCGAAGGGCAGUGUCAAAUCUGAGUCGGAUUCUCCCCAGCCCAUGGGGCCCAAGUGGCUGGACUGCCCUGCCCCCAACUCUGACCCUCAAAUCCCCAACUCCCCGAAAACGACACCCAAAACUGGAACCUGUGAUUGUCACUGCGAGCUCAAUCAAGCCUCAGGGCGGCUGUUGGUGACCCUCGUGCUGCCCCUCCUGCCCUCACUGGCUGGAGCUGUCUUUUCUUGCUGAAACAUGGUGUCAGCUCCCUACACCGAAGGGAGCGGGAGUCUCCCGCAGCCGGACCUGGCGUGGGGUCGUGGGAUGCAGCGGAACCUCACUGUCUGUUCCCAAGGCGGGACUCAGGCUCACGUUGCUGGGUGGAUUCCUAGCAGAAGCCUGCGGACACCUCAGGGGUCCCCCAGCCUGCUUCCUGUUGGGGCACAGGAGCUGUGGCCACAGUCAAGGUUACCGACAGGGGGCGGUAUUCACCCUUUCUCUCCACUGCCAAGAAUGGCGCAUUGCCGCUGCCACUGGUGCUAGGAACCCACCUGAACUGUGGAUUGGACACUCAGUGCUCGGCCCUAUCCCGUGUCUCCUCAGACAGAGGCCACACCACGCCUGCCUCAGGUUGUGCUGCCUGCGGCUGUGCUGACUGACUUCCUGGGAAUGUCUCUCCUCUGAUUCUCCACAAUUGGUCUUACUGGUGACAGGGCACAGUGACUGUACUCUGACUAGAUGGUUAAACAGGACCAGGACAUUGAACUCCAGUGCCUCCUGUGGCUGCUGAAUGUGUUCCUGAGCCUUCUGACUGUGUUGUACUCCAUGUCCUUUGACAGUCACUGCCACAGGGUGGGGACAGAGACCAAGCAUCACUACUUCCCCUGAGGGUAUGCUUCAAGUCCUGGUUGACAUCAGCGUUGGCAUGGUGGGGUUUCUCCUGUGGCCCCGAGAAUCUCAGUUCAGGUCACCCUCAUCCCUGAACACAACCUGGGGGAAGGUGUCACCCUGAAUUCAGGAUAACUCAAUUCAAUGGGAAGGGAUCCUAUGAUGCCUGUCCCUGUCACCAACUGAAGUGACCAUUGCUUCCUUCUGGAACAGCUUGGCUCCCAUCUGCACAGUGCUGCUGGGAAGAUGUGGACAGACUCUCUCAGCUCUGGCUGCUGCAGCCUUCUCCUCUUCCCUCUUCUUCUAAUUUCAGUUGUGCCUGUGGGGACCUGUGUCUGUGAGGGCCUGGGCCUGUGGGGGCCUGUGUCUGUGAGGGCCUGGGCCUGUGGGGGCCUGUGUCUGUGAGGACCUGGGCCUAUGGGGGCCUGGGCCUGUGGGGGCCUGUGCCUGUGGGGGCCUGUGUCUGUGAGGGCCUGGGCCUGUGGGGGCCUGGGCCUGUGGG